CAGUUACAGAGCAUGCACCAGGGGCCAGUCCUGUGCCAGCCCAGCCUGCGUUGCUCCCACAGGGGAUUGACCAUUAAUGCAUGCUGCUCCCUGGACCUUGCCAUGAGAAGCCAGUAGUUGCAUUGAGAGUGUUUGAGUCUGGGAGGAGGAGGGGUGAGGGUGUGCUCUGUCUCCCCCCCCCGCAGAGAUGAGCUUCUCAUUGUUCAACUCUUAGCAAACUGAAAGCCAGUGCCACAGGCUGCAGUGCACACAAUAUGUGAUCCAGAUAUAUUUAACCCUAUUAAACCCAGCACAAGAUGGAUAUUACAAUCUCACAGCUCCUGGACCUGUUCCUGGACAACCCACUGGUCACCUGGGUGAAAACAUUUGGCCCAUGUAACAAUGACAAUGAAACCAAGCUGGCAAUGUAUAUGGAUCUGGUAGAUGGCGUAUUUUUGAACAAAAUCAUGCUUCAAAUAGAUCCCCGACCGUCCAACCAGCGGAUCAACAAGCAUGUGAACAACGAUGUCAACCUCCGCAUUCAGAACUUGAACAUACUGGUGCGGCACAUAAAGACCUACUACCAGGAGGUAUUGCAGCAACUGAUUGUGAUGAAUUUGCCAAAUGUUUUGUUAAUUGGCAAAGACCCCCUGACUGGUAAAAGCAUGGAGGAACUGAAGAAAAUUCUGUUACUGAUGCUGGGGUGUGCAGUGCAGUGUGAAAGGAAAGAAGAGUAUAUAUUACGGAUCAAGCAGCUGGAUAUCGAGACACAAUCAGGAAUAGUAUCGCACAUUCAGGAGGUCACACAUAACCAGGAGAAUGUAUUUGAUCUUCAAUGGCUAGACCUUCCGGACAUGGCUCCAGAAGAACUCGAAACUCUUUCCAGAAGCAUGGUCCUCAGCCUCAGGAAGCUUAUUGAUGAAAGAGAUGAAUGUAAAGAGGUCAUAGUGGAUCUUACACAAGAGAGGGAUUAUUUACAGUCUCUAAACCCACCAAGUCCAGUGAAAUCUUCCAUCCCAGAAAAUUCAAACAGUUUGGUUAAUCAUCUGUCCAGUGAGGACAAACAACAUCUUGCAGUGGAACUUGCGGAUAGCAAAGCAAAGCUCAGAAGGAUAAGACAAGAGCUGGAAGAGAAGUCUGAAUUAUUACUGGACACGAAGCAUGAAGUGGACAGGCUUAUUCUAGAGCUACAGAAAUUAAAGCAAGAUAAUAUCCAGCUUGCAGCUGAAGCACGUACUGCUCGCACCUAUAGAGAUGAGAUCGAUUCCCUGAAGGAAAAGGCAGGCAAAGUAGAUCGUCUGGAAGCUGACCUGUCCCGGUGCAAGGAGAGGCUUCAUGAUGUGGAAUUUUAUAAAGCUCGAAUGGAUGAACUAAGAGAAGAUAAUCUGAUUCUCAUUGAGACAAAGAGCAUGUUAGAGGAACAGCUGGCCACGGCUCGAAUUCGCACUGACAAACUUCAUGACCUUGAAAAGGAGAAUUUGCAGCUAAAGUCUAAAAUCCAUGACCUGGAGUUGGAUCGUUACACAGACAAGAACAGGAUCGAGGAACUAAUAGAAGAAAACAUGGUGCUGGAGAUUGCACAGAAACAGAGUAUGAAUGAGUCUGUGCAACUGGGCUGGGAGCUGGAACAACUCUCAAGAAGCACCGAUUUGUCUGAUGCCAGGAAGUCAUUUGUGUUUGAACUGAAUGAAUCUGCAACCAGCCGGAUCCUGAAGUUGGAGAAGGAAAAUCAAAGUCUCCAGAACAUUAUCCAGGAGCUACAGGAGGCUUCGCUAAGUCUGGAGGAGAGCAGCCUCAAAGGACAGGAACUAGAGAAAGAAAACAAGCAACUCAGCGAGAAGGUUGAGAACUUGUAUGAUCAACUUGAGAAAGAGAAACAAAACAGCUUGGAUCUUGAAAGUCUGAGUGAAGAUCUAUUAAAGGACAAGGAACAUCUGUCUCAAAACCUAGAUAAUGUAAAAUCAGAAAAGGACAAGCAGAUUAAAGAGCUGGAACACGAAAAGCAACAUCUAACUCAGGCAUUGUCGGCUCUUCGGCUGAGGUCCCAGGUAAAUGCAGAAGCCAGAGUAAAAGAAAUUGAGAUGGAGAAUAAAAUGCUUCAUGAAACCAUCACUGACACAAGCAGCAAAUUAAAUGAGGUGGAGUAUGAAAAGAAACAAUUACAGAAAACAAUUGAGCAGGUUAAGGAAAAAAUUGAGAGAGGAGAAGAAAUGGAGAAAGAAGUCCAUAGACUGGAGAAGCAGAAUGAAAAGUUAACAAAAAAAGUAGCAUCAAUGAAAAUUGUUGAAGAAAAGAUUGGAGCAUUGGAGAAUGAAAAUGCAAAGUUGGAUAGUGAUAACAGAAUGCUGAAGAAAUCUUUAGACACUUUGCAGAAUAUUUCUAUCAAACUUGAGGUGUUGGAGAGUGAAAACAAGCAGCUUGAUGAGGAGAACCUGGAACUCAGAAGAGCAGUGGAAUCAAUGAGGUUCUCCUGCACAAAGAUAACCCAGAUUGAAAGAGAAAAUUGUGAACUUCAGAAGGAGAAGGAAGAACUACAAAAGAAUGUUGAGGUUCUCAAAGCAUUGGGAAAAAAGUCAGAACGUCUUGAAAUCAGUUACCAGGGUUUGAGUGACGAGAACAGGAGGCUACAGCAUUCUCUGGAGACUGAAAACAAGAAAAUUCAUGACCUUGAGGUUGAGGUUCAAGAAAUGGAGAAGGAAAAUAAGGAACUUCAGAAGAAUGUGGAAGAACUCAGGCUUUCUAACAAGCGAGUGGAGAGGUUGGAGCAAGAGAAGAAAACUAUGGAACAAGAAAUGUCUCAGCUUGAGAAAAAUCUGAAAAUUUUAGAGAAGGAGUCAAAACGGAUGUGGCACCAGGUGGAGCUUAAAGAUGCCGUCUUGGAUGACAAUACAGUGAAGCUUGCGGACUUGGAAAAAGAAAACCGAACACUAGAAAAAGAAGUAUCAAAGCUAAGAGAUUCUUCCACUAAAAUUCGUGAGUUGGAAAAGGAAAAUAAGAACCUCCUUCAGCAGAUGACUGUUGACAAGAGAACACUGGCAACAUUAAGAGAGGAUUUGGUCCUGGAGAAAUUAAAAACUCAACAGAUGUCAAGUGAACUGGACAAACUUAGCCUGGAAAUGGAAAAAAUUGGUUUAAAUAAAGAACUGAUGCUUCAGGAUGAAAACAGUGACGCUGAGAGAAAAUAUAAGGUUCUUGAGUGCAAAAUUGAGUCAACACUAAAGACUACGCUGGCGGUUAAAGAAAGCAAGAUCUUGGCUCUCGAGACGCAAAUGGAGGACGCCCGCACCCUCAACCAGCAGCUACAGAAUGAGCUGAAUUUGGUACGGACUCAUGUUGAGUGUAUAAAACAAGACAUUGGAGCUUGUAAACAGACACAGGAGGAAACUGUCCAGAAUUCGAAUAGAAACCGUGGCGAGAAGCAAGAGUGUAAUCGUCAGCAGACAGAGCAUUUGCAGAAUGGUGAGCGAGAGGCCACUCUGGAACUCUUAAAGGUGAAAGACCGGGCCAUCGAGCUGGAGAGGAAUAAUGCAGCCCUACAAGCUGAGAAGCAACUCUUCAGAGAACAACUCAAGCAUCUGGAAAACCAGAACCACUCUAUCAACAAUCAGAUGAGAACACUACAGAAACAGGUCACCUUCCUUCAGGAACAUAACACUGGCCUCCAGACCCAGACGGCCAAUCUCCAGGUUGAGAACUCAACUUCCAUGUCGGAGUGUGCUACUUUGAAGUCUCAGAUCUCUCAGCUUCAGAACCAGCUUUCCACUUUGGAAAACGAGACUGAGAAUCUUCUGCGGCAGAAAGAAGAGCUGAAGGUUAUCCAUGAUUCUUUGCUCCAUGACCACAGGCACUUGGGUUCCCUGUAUGAGCGCCAGUCUGCGGAAUAUGAGGGUCUAAUUAACCAGUACAGCGCCCUGAAAACCCAACACAAGAGCCUGGAGCAGAUGCACCGCAGUCUGGAGGACAGUUACAAAAAUUUGUUAAAACACAAGAAUGAGCUGGAAGAAUUAGACCAUAUAUUAAAGGUCGAACGGGAAGCUCUUCAGCAAGAAAAGAGGAAAAAUCUGAUCACCACAAAUGAAAAUCAGAAACUUAAGGAAGAACUGGACGGGUUAAAUUUCUUGCACACAGAGCUGAAAGAAGAAUAUACAUCUCUACAUAAACACACUAAGGACAUGAAAACCUCUCUGAAUAAUUCCCAGAUGGAGCUGAACCGUUGGCAGGCACGAUUCGAUGAGUUAAAGGUUCAGCACCAGGACAUGGAUAUCUCGUUAUCCAAACUGGACAACCACUGUGAGCUUCUUACACGUCUAAAGAGCAAUCUGGAGGAAGAGAACCACCAUCUUCUCAGUCAGAUACAAAUGCUAAACCAACAAAAUCAGAUGCUGCUUGAGCAGAGUAUGGAGAGCAAGGAGCAUUAUCACGAGGAGCAGAAGCAGUACAUAGAUAAAUUAAAUGAUUUAAGAAGACAGAAGGAGAAAUUAGAAGAGAAGAUUAUGGACCAGUAUAAAUUUUAUGACCCUGCUCCAAAAAAGAAAAAUCAUUGGUCAGGUGCAAAAGCUCUUGCCAAAUUAAUCAAACCGAGAAAAGACUCUUCCAGGGAGCGAUCAAAGUCUUCCACAGAAGGACAAACCCAACCGACAGACCACAUGGAAGUUGCUACAUCACCCUCCACUUCACGGCCCCUCAAGGUGCAACAUGACAGUUUAGACAAUUCCUCCCUAGGAUCAGAGGACAAGGAUAAUUCCAAGGUGUUCUCAAGUAAAGUUCGGGUUGAUGUUAAUCAUAAGCACCACCGGAUGUCCUACCAAGGAGGAGGCAGGGAAGAAAUUGAACAUUUGGAAAGACUGUCUCGCUCCAGUAGAAUGGAACUGGGAUCAAGAGCUUUCUCUGCUUCAGCAAUUCACCUCACAGCCACAACACCCAACGUGAAAUCCCAGACCCUGGAUAGACCCAAAGGAUUUAAUUCAGAUGAUAACCUCUGCAACCCAAUACAGGAAGCUGAAUUGAGCCUCACAGGACCCCGGGCUCCCCGGCCAAGUAGUAUUGAAAGCAAUAGAAGUGCAUCGAACAGCAGCUCGCCUCUGACCUUAAAAGGUUCCACAGUUUAUCUCCCAGGAAGGACAGAGAGUAUAAACAGUGAAGACCUUGUUCCCACAAAAGAGGUGGCUACAUUACCCAGGGACCACAAAAUAUGGACCCCUGUCAAUAAACCUGAACUGUCUAACAGAAACAGCCUGGCUUCUUCUAACAAUCAGGAAAAAAGACCUCCCAGUCGUGCCCAGAGCAGGCCUCGGCCAGGUUCCCCUGGGAGCGAGAUGGUGACUUUAGAAGAGUUUUUGGAAGAGAGCAAACAACGGUCUCCACCCAGUGAUGCUGCAAGUGGCAGGGAUGACAUGCUGGGAGAUUAUUUUAAGAAGGCAGGCGAUCCUCCAGAUAUUAGAAACUCCUUGGUCCAUGCAGGGUAUAGAGACAUGCAGCCCACCAAUUAUGUGUCGCCUACCGUCAAUGUAACAUUGGAAUCUACAGAUGGAAGAGGGAUCCGGCCAGGACAGUAUGUGAAACCGAACCUCCGACAACUAGAUGCACAGGGUAGCGCUACAAGCCUUCAUCAACGUGGGCUUGCACAUCAGUCCAUCACAUUGUCCAAGCAAACACCUGAACCCCAGCAACCUGGAAAUCCGUGUAGCAGGGGUAACUCUCUGAGCAGGUCGUUUAGUUUGGCCACAGCUGAUCUUCUCAAACCCAAUGGUCCAGAGACAGGCAGACAGGACAGACCUGAGAUAGAAACCGCAGUGGGAAAAGAUUUUGGCAAUCACGUAGUGAGAACCUCUACACCCUUGAGCUCUCAGCCUUGCUUGAGGGAACGGCCACAAUCUGCAAGGAUGAGCAGCACUCUACGCGGGGACGAAUCUCGCUGCCGACCUGUGGAUUCAAGACGUUUGUCUUUAGCCAUUCCAAAAGAAGAACAUUCUCUGCAAUCUGCUCUAUUGUCCAGCAGCUCUCAUCAGCACAGCACACCUGUUCUAAACUCAACCAGAGGAAAAGCCAGACUCGUUUCACGCUCUGGAGAGGUAGCGCUGGUUUCACCGGUUAGGCCUAUCUCCAGCAUCCCAGAAGUAGAGGAUGUACAAGGUGUGACUCACACCGGAUCUUUUAAGACACCAAGAACAUCACCUGACUGCCAUUCUACGCCAAUAGCCGAAGAAGACCCUAGUAAAGGUGGCUCCUCUAAAAGUACUCCUGCAUCCCCAGACCCCAAUGCUGAUCCACAAACUGUUUGGUAUGAAUAUGGAUGUGUGUAACCAAUACAUUAACAGACAUCUAAACUUAAAAAAACAGAUCUAUUUUUUCACAAAUUAUCCCUUUCAGUACAAUGCGUUAUGGCUACACAUUACAUUUUUAUGGGUGACAGCAAGUUUAGUGUCUAAAGCUUCCUCAAGAAAUAUAUAUAUAUAUAUUUAUUUUUGGAUGGUUGCAUCUUCUUAAUUCUUUUGUGUAUAGAGAUUGCUAUAAAGUAUCAUCACUUUGCAAACCCUUUCCCACCCCCCUGGAUUAUGAAUGUCCAACAUCAUCUUUCUUAUGAAAUUAAUGUAUUUAUUAAAGUUAUCAUUAUGUGGACAAAGAACACAUUUGUGCCUAAAAUUGCUCCUGUGCCAGGGUCUUCAGCUAUAUAUAAUUUUUUUCUUUUCCAUUUGCUUUGGGCGGAACAAGAUGGAUGUGCAUCUCUUCUCAUGAUGAUAAUCUGCGGUUUCCUGGGUGAUAGGAAUUUGACUGGUAUUUGCUCCUGGUUUGGCUUAUUGAUGUAACUAUGUUUGUAGUGACAAAUCCUGAAAAUGUGUACUCCAGCAGAAUGGCUCUGUAUAUGCUGUUAAUUUUCCUUAACAAUUCUAUCAAUGGAACAUGGAGUGUUUUAUCCCAAGGUACUUGAUGGGUUACUGUACCACUGUUUAUUACUUUCCUGGUGCUCCUCUCACUGUAUGGACUACCAAAGAUCUCUACAUCUUAGAUUUGCUUUCAUUUAUAUGUUGCUGACACAGGCAAGCCUCAGAACGGAUAUGGUAAUAUGUAUUAAGGGUCAGCAAUAUUUUGUAUUCUAGAUGUUUUGGGACUGCAGCCAAAGCUUGGAUGAAUAGUUGAACAACAGCUGGGGUUUUGGUUGGGGGGACUCGCCCGUUGCUGCUACAUAUUAACCACUUGAUGAUCUGCUUCACACUGAUUUACAGGUUCGGUUUUUACAGUGCCUCCACAUUAAUCAAAAGUAAAACAUCCAUUACUGCUGCUUACUAUGUACAGACGACUAACAUGUUUCCAUUGACGUCUCCUCCCAAAUGUAGUGUGUACCCUUGCU